AUGGGGUCCAGGGGAGGGCAGCUGUGCUUCCCAGAUGGAUUUAAGCUCGACACGGAAGGGAAGGCGGAUUCCUUCCAUUUCCUGGUGCUGACGGACAUCCUGGGGAACCGAGAGCAGGGAGUGGUGCUGCGGGUUCACCGAGAGAUCAAGGAAAGUGACCUGUAUCCUGCGGACCCCCUGGACUCAGCUGACCCCCUGUGGGUCCCGUACGCAAUCUGUGUCAUCACCAGGUUCCCGUACUACACCGCGCUGAAGGACUGCCUCUCCUGCCUGCUGCCUGAACUCACAGCCUGCAGCCAGCCUCAGUUUGAGAAGACGGUGAACGAGUUUGCUGCCCAGCUCGCGCUGGUUCCCUGUCCCCCACCCGGCUCACUCCAGCUGAGCUUUGAACUGGGGCCACUCAAUAUCGUGCUUUCACCUCCCGAAGAUGUGAACAGUCCGGUGAUUGACAUCAGUCUGCACCUGCCGUUCCUCUGCUUCACGCCUGAAACUGUCCUACAGAUCCUGACCAACAUCCUGACUGAGCGGCGCCUGGUCUUCCUCUCGAGCCACUGGCCUCUGCUGACGCUGGUCACCCAGAGCUUCCUGCACUUCCUGCAGCCCCUGCGGUGGCGCCAUCCCUACAUCCCGGUUCUGGCCACUCAGAUGCUCGACCUGGUGAUGGCUCCCACCGUCUUCCUCAUGGGCUGUCACUCCCGCCACAUGGACACCAUCAGUGAGGUGGAGGAGCUGGUCCUGGUGGACAUCGACAACGGCAGGAUCCUGACCACCCUGUACAAGAAGGUGGAGACCCCUCCACUGCCCACCGCCAUCACAGAGCAGUUCCUCACCAGUGUCCGGCAGCUCCAGGUGAACUCGGAACUAGCGCUGUCUCACCUGGCCUCGUGCACCAGCCUGGCGUCCGCCCGCGAGAGGGAACAGCUCCACAGACACCAGCUCAACCAGCAGAUCCAACACAUCUUCCUGCAGCUCAUCGGGAGUCUGCUGAGGGAUGUCCCCAAACACCUGAACCUCAAGCACCGUGUGUUUAUCAAGAAGGAGUUCCUGGACACACGGCAGCCGGCUGCCCAACCCUUCUACGUCAGUCUUCUGAAGACUGACCUCUUCCACUGCUUCCUCAAGGCCCGGCUCAACCAGAAGGUGGACGCCUUCAGCCGAUGGGAGCUGUUGACACGUUCUGACAGGGUGAACUCGGAGGCAGCAACAUUACCUCGCUCAUCAAAUACCUUCACCUCCAACCCUCUGAGGAAGAGGAGGGACCAGGUUCAAGGCUCGAGUCUGCAGAGAAUGCAGGACAUGAACUUGUCUGAAUCACUGAUACCACCCAGCCCCUACAAACCCAGCCGGACCUCAGGAGCGACUGCCAAGGACAGACUUGUGCCCAGAACCCUGCAACUGCCGUCCCUCCCCAGUGACCCCUUCGACUCGCUCAGUGUCUCGCUCUAUUACACCAAGCUCAUCGUCCAGAUCACCAGGGACAUCGACCAGGCGGGCAGUGAGGACUCAGAGACGCUGGCCGUCUGCCUCUACCUGCGGGGCAUUGUCCGUCUGGCCCAGGGGGAGUCUCUCCAAGCACUGCUGGACUUCCAGAACCUGGAGAAGAUCAACAUGAACUUCUUCCCGCUGGAGCUAGUGAAGGAGACGCUGGAGUCCAUGAGCCCGCAGCAGCUGCGCAGCGUACAGGAGACCGAGGAACUGAAGGGCCUCCUCCAUGACAUCAUGGAGAAGCACUGGGACAGAGCCCAGCCCGAGCACAGCAUCAAGGACUUCGAGCUCCCCAAUAUCCCCCUCAACAAGAAGGACUUUGGCGUCCACAUCCAGGCCGCCGGGCUCGUCAGUAACCCCAAGACCACCGACUGUCUCUUUGAUAUCCUCGCAGGCGGGCAGCAGAAGCUGGUUGACCCAAAGACGUUCAACGACCUGUACUCCCGCUGGAAGAAGAUGAAGUCGGAGCUGGAGAGCAUCACGCUGGAUCCCGAGGUGGCCAGGAACCUGCUGGAGAAUGAGCAGGUGUCGCUGGUGUCCCCUGUAGUAAAGACCAGCUGUGGGCUGGGCCGACUGGCACUGAGCCAGAAGCGGCUCUUCCUGCUGACCGAGGAGCAACCCCGCUGCAAGGAGAUCGCCCGAUUACGGGACAUUGAGGAGGUGGAAUGCAGCGCCCCUCUCAAGCUGCCCAGCCUGAAGGUCCGAGUGCGAGACAAGAAGGAGUCGUUCAUGGCCUUCCUGAAGACGGAGCGCGACCUGUGGAAGGUCAUCAUCCGCGAGGUGUGCGCCGGCAAGGUGCUGGCCGAGAUGCACAAGGACCCUCAGUACGACCAGCAGGCCCUCAGUAACAUCCAGCUGAUCUACGCCGUGGCCAAGUGUGACCUUCACCCCCGACCCACCCACGCCAUCCGAGAACUGUCGCAGCUGGACCAGGCCAUCUGCCAGGUGCUGCCCACUGUACCGAAGAUGACGUCAGAUGCUCUGAAGCACACCCUCCAUCUCUCGGACGCCAACUCCACCCACUGCACUGUCAAUGUCCUGCUCUACGUUCCCGGGAGCCUGGACCCCGGGGAGAGUGCGGACUCCCACCCGAAACUGUGGUGCGCGCUGACAGACGGCCGGGUGCUGAUGUACGACGCUGCCUCCUGGGUCAUGGAGCAGCCACCCAUCCAGGCUGGGCGGAGCCGGCUGAACUGUAUGAUCGGGGUGGGCCAGGACCAGGUGUGGCUGGGCUCCGAGGAUUCCUUCAUCUAUAUCAUCAGUGCCCAGGACCUCGGCUGCUACCGACGGCUACUCGCUCAUCACAACCAGGUGUCGGGGAUGGUGCAGGAGGAGCGGCCCAAGGACGUGGGCGGUGCCAGCCCGGUGUACUCAUGCAGCCUGGACGGCACCAUCGUCGUGUGGGACCCAGUCACUAUGGAGAUGAAGAGGCAGUUCCAGCUUCAGCAGUGCUGGCAGCUCAGCUCCAUCGCCCUGCACUGCGGCCGCAUCUGGUGCUGUGUCGAGAACAGUCUGGUGGUCCUGGCUCGGGACGGGACCCAGCUGCAGAGGGUGUCUGACACCAUCAGUCCGGGCGGAGGCUCCAUCCCUCUGAGUUACUUCCUCAUCCUUCCUCAGCAGCGUGAGCUGUGGAUGCUCUGCACUCAGAGGUCCAGUCUGUACGUGUGUAGCACUGACACCCUGAGCGGUCCCGUCCGAACCAUCUCACUGCCGGCCAGCAGUCACCUCAUCUGCAUGAUCCACGUCAAAAAGCAGGUGUGGGUCGGUGGGGGGACGGUGGACGGGACCAAGGGGCGGAUUUACAUCGUCGGCACGGAGAGCCACUUGCUGGAGAAGGAGCUGGAGGCCCCCUGCGGCCCGGUCCGGGCGCUCUGCUCCGCGGAGGACCGCUACGUGCUGAGCGGCACUGAGGACAGCAAGGCCAUCAUCUGGAAGGUGGACUGAGCGAGGGACCCAGGAGACCGUCCCCCCACGUCUCGCCUGCCCCUCCGGGCACUCCCACUGCCUUGGGGCCAGGUGUCUAGGGCACUGCCCGAUCUCCCCAGGUGGGGCCUCGGGGAGGGGACGCCUGCCCACCCCACGAGCUUGUGCCCUCCCCUCCCCCUCCCCUCCCUCCCUCCCCAGCUGUGGUGGAAGGAACACUCAGUCCACCAAGGGUCAUCAGGUCCCCUUCCUCUCCACCCCCCCCCCAUCCCUGACCUCUGACCCUAGGGACCAAAUUCUGACCCUGACUCGGCGGUCAGCUGGCCAUGAGCCGGGGAUACGGGUCGUAUCAAUGACCCAGGGAGCCCGAGCUUUGGCAUCUGGGAACGUACAGUACAGGAACAGGCCCUUCGGCCCACUGUGUCUGUGCUGAGCACGAUAACAGUCUGACUAAUCCCAUCCAUGUGAUCGUGGCCCACAUCCCAACACUCAAUGUCUCUUAAAUGUUGCUGUUGUACCUGCCUCCACCAGCAGUUGUUCCAGGCACCAUGACUCUCUGCAUCAAAUCUUGCCCUGCACAUCUCCUUCGAACUUUCCCCCUCACCUUAAAGAUAAGAUCCCCUGGUGUGUGACAUUUCUACCCCGGGAACAGACUCUGACUCUCUACCCUAUCUCUGCCUCUCAUCAUUUUAUAAACUUCGAUCAGGUCUCCCCUCAGCCUCUGGAGAAAACAACCCAAGUCUGUCCAACCUCUCCUUAUAGCUCAUGCCCUCUAAUCCUGGUGAACCUCCGCUGCACCUUCUCCAAAGCCUCCACAUCCCUCCUGUAACGGGGCGACCAGAACUGCACACAGUGCUCCAAAUGUGCCCUCACCAAAGUUUUAUACAGCUGCAACGUGACUUCCUGACUUCUAUACUCGACACCCCAACCGAUGAAGGCGAGCCUGCCGUACACCUCCUUCCCCACCUUGUCCACUUGCUAUGGACCUGCACCCCAAGAUCCCCCUGUACAUCAGUGCUCGCAAGGGCUCUGCCAUCUACUGUAUCCUUUCCUCUUACGUUUCACCUCCCAAAGUGAACACCUCACACUCACUCCAUCUGCCGUCUGGAUCCCACGUUCCCAGCUGAUGGAUAUCCCGCUGCUUCCUUUGACAGUCGUCCUCACUGUCCACAACUUCGGUGCAGCUCACUAAUCAGACCACCAUCUGAGUCAUUGAUAUCACAGGGGUGCCAGCACUGUCCCUGGGGAACACCACUGGUCCCAGAGUUGCAGCCGGAGAAACGCCCCUCCGGCACUCUGACCAACCUCCCGACUCUCAGCGGAUCCCACGUGUCUGGUCGACACCCGGGGGGGUGGGCAGGGGCUGCAGGGACUGGCGGUGAGGGGGAAGGGGUGUGGGUCCACAUGGCCACACACGAUGUGUGUAGGCAGGUCAACACAGCUCAGAAUUCCCAGACACAUAACAGAACAUAGCUCAUCCUUCCAAAAAUUUUUAGAGGGAAAGACUGGAAACUGGGGCCUGGGGGAAGUUGCCGGAACCGUGGCGGGGGUGUGAUCCACACUGGGAAAGGCCUGUCCUCCCAUGAACCAGCAGCAGAGAGUGUCCCAACUCCACAUCACCCCCCCCCCCCCCAGCCUCUGUCUCUACCUCCCCCUCCCUUUCCUGGCUCCAGCCCCCUGCCUCACUGCCCCUUCCCCGCCCCCCAUACACCCCUCUACACCCUCGGUCCCAACAUCGAGCAUCCCUCUGCCUCCACAGACGCUGCUCGACCUGCUGAGUUCCAGCUCCCCACAGACUGCGGUUACUGUAGGACACUGACUUCCACGUUCGGCACAGGACGGCUCAACACUUGACACAAAACCCAAAAUAAAGAGGAUAUCUUCUCCUGCUGCUGGUAUCUCUGUCUCUCUGGGUGCGGUGACCAGACUUAUCUAACCCUCCCACAGUGUGUGACCGGGGCGAGGGAGCUCUGCCCUACACCACUUUCCUUUUUUCCUUCAUAUUCAGGUCUCCAUGUUGUGUGCGUUUUUGUUCGUGUUGUAUUAAAAUAAUUUUACU